AUGAGGGCAUUUGUGGCAACCACUCAGACCUUCACCCAGAAGUGCGAUAAGUGUCAGCGAUUUGCCAACAUCCCACAACUUCCAGCUGAGCUGUUGACAGCCAUGGUCAAUCCUUGGCCAUUUGCCCAAUGGGGACUUGACCUCGUUAGACCUAUGCUUGAGGGCAAGGGCCAAGUCAAGUAUGCAGUUGUAGCUAUGGACUACUUCACCAAGUGGGCUGAAGCUGAGGCCUUAGCCACCAUCACUGCAGCCCGCAUCGAAACUUUUGUUUGGCAAAACCUCGUAUGUCGCUUCGGCAUCCCCAACACCAUCGUCACGGACAAUGGCCGGCAAUUUGACAAUGCCAAGUUCAAACAAUUUUGUUACAACCUCAAGAGUCUUUGCUUCGCCUCUCCAGCCCAUCUUAAGUCUAAUGGCCAGGUGGAAGCCAUGAACAAGAUCAUCAAGAAAACUCUAAAAACCAAGCUUGACAAAGCUAAGGGUUGCUGGCCAGAGCUACUCCUAGAGGUUCUCUGGUCCUACUGCAUCACCUUCCGUACCUCAACAGGAGAAACACCUCUCUCUCUCUCCUUUGGUACCGAAGCAGUGGCACUAGUGGAGAUUGGCCAGCCCACAUACCGAACCUCCAUUUAUGAGGCCGAAGUCAAUGACGAGCAGCUAGCCCUGAACCUCGACUUCAUCGAUGAGCUUCGUGACCAAUCCAACAUGCGCAAUGUCGCGUACAAACAGUGCAUCGCUAAGUACUACGACUCCCGAGUCAAGCCCCGUGCUUUCAAACUUGGAGACUGGGUCAUGCGCAAGGUUUCCUUGGCCACCAAGAAUCCCACUGAAGGUACCUUGGGCCCAACAUGGGAAGGUCCUUAUGAGGUUACCAAAGUCUGCCGCCCCGGCACUUAUCAGCUUCGUGAUACCAAGGGCAAGACCUUGCCUCAUCCUUGGAAUGCUGAUCACCUCAAAUACUUCUAUAAGUAA